AUGUGUAGCGUUGUUGCUGACCGCAGAUUCUCUCCUAAUCCCGUGGUCGCUGCAUGGGUACACGACGUCUGCGUUUCUUGUGAUCUAGACAGGUACAUCUUCCAACACGAACCAACGUCGGGAGCCCAGAGGAAGAGAAAGACACCUCCGCUUGAAGAACCCCCCCUGGUUUCCGCACCAAAGACACACCGACGCCGUAUUCCUCCGAAAAAGAAGCGGGCCCGAAACUCCAAAGAGGGCGAGGACAAUGCUGCAGCGCAGGGAGACCUCACACCACGACCUCCACGGGCAAAGCGGUCGAAUGUUGCCCAACCCGACAAUGACGCCGACUUAACGCCACGGCCUCGAGCUCCUACCCGGAGACUCGCUCAAGCCAAGGUCUCAACCUAUGUACCCGUUCUCCAAACAAUGGAAACCCCAAAGUCAAGGCCUGUGGAACAAUCAGAUUCAUCAGCUGCUUCUACAAAAGACACCUCUAGGAGUCCAGUCAAACAAAUAGGCGACCUUGUCUUUGCUAGGAUGCCCAUUGAGUAUUAUGACAUUUCAGUGAACCUGGAGAAGCUGCCGUCUGACGCCAGGGAUCUUUAUAAGAAGCUACGAGCGGUUGGGUGGGCUAGCAGUGUCCUGCCUGCAGACAUCAAGGAUGAGAUCUGCGAGCAUGUCGGAGAAACGGACCUUCUGCUCCCUCAUAUGUUUGAUGAGGCUUCGGCUGCGAACACCAGGUCCAGGAACCAAUUGAUUCGGGAACUAGACACUGUCGACGAGAUCUGCCAGGCAACAUCACGGCGUUCAUAUGAUCAUGAAGCAGAACCUUCCUGGAAUUGUGCGGUACACUACCCUAUACUGCAGCUGGCUCUGAAGGUCUAUGAGGGUGUCGUACUCCGAAAUGCCACAACGGCCAAAAUCUGCCCUGCGUUUGACAAUCGUGACGCUAGUGGGAAACUCCUGCAAUCAAAGAUGGUCGACUUUACCAUCAAUUUGGCACCGGACAAUGAUCUGAGACGUCGUAUCCUUGAGUUCCUUGAAGAUCAACUUCCAAGUCUCCGAACCGUCAAUCAGACCAUGUAUCACCCUCUUCGAUUUGCACCAACUAUUGUCGGCGUUGAAACAAAAGCACCAGGUGGAUCGGAGCAGGACGCGGACAUACAACUUGGCGUGUGGGUAUCGUCGUACUUCAAGCGCAUUCGCAUGCUUUGCAACAACCGUCCCGUCCCGAUCGCCUUGCCACUCUUGUACGUGCAGGGCAACCAGUGGUUCUCCCUAUUCGCUUGCGAUACACUGGAUGGUACAGAAAUGCUGACGAGACUUCUUGUUGGAAACACCAACACCGUGCUUGGUUGCUACAAGGUGAUGACAGCUAUUCGCAUUCUCAGCGAAUGGGGUACGACAAGCUUCAAACAAUGGUUCGAGUCAUCAGUCCUUCAGGAGUCAGUCGCACAACCCACACAGGAGUUGACGGACCUUCAGUCUCCGCCAGAAUGA